UCAACAUGAAUGUAUGCAUAAAACAUUAGUCAUCCUUCUAAAAAAAGGGCGUAUGUGAGUGAGUGUUUUAUUGAGGAACUUCAGAACUUAUUCAGUGAGAUGUUGGCACGUCCAGCCACUUGGCACAGGCAUUUGACCAUGUAGACUGUGACUAUGAAACCGAAUAAGGACAAACUUUGCAUGUGGCCGGACGCCAACAAGUUUCUCAUCUUCCUACCCCUACUACUUCAGCUACUAGGUGACGUCAUUGGUACCAGCGAUGACAUCACCAACAUUUGGUACUUCGGCUGCAGGUGGUUUGGAGGCUCCACCAACAUGCUUUCCUGCAACUGCACGCCCGAAGCCGAAGAGAUGGACAUUCAACGCUACUCCAUUCCAGGCUUCGACACGAGCAUUAUCCAACUGCACAAUUGCGCCAAAGUGCGCUUUGGCGCAUACGCAGUUUACGAUCUGAGAAACCUGCGCACCAUCUCGCUCAAUAACAUCCAAUCCUUAACUUUCGAGCCCUACAGCCUUCAAUGGGUUGGAUACAGAGACACCAGCAUUACUCAGGAAGAGCGCUUCGACCUGAGCAUCCCCAGUCUGAAGAUAUCAGUGAAAGACUCGACGGUUGAAUCGAUCGGCUCGUACAGUUUCACUGGCCGGAUCAAUGAGAUCAGUUUCGAAAAUGUGCGGGUGGAAAAUGUGGAGGCUUUCGCCUUUUCCAGCUUGCUCCAGAUGGAAAACCUGCUGUUUACCAACGUGUGGCUGAAGGAGAUCAAGCCGCAGGCGUUCAAAAAGUUCGGGACGGAAUUCCUGACUUUGGAUGGCGUGGUGGCCGAUUAUCUACCAAGCAGGACCUUUUCCAACGUGACCGUGUAUCGGACGUUCACGAUACGAAACUGCAGAUUCCACACUCUUCGUCCAGGCACGUUCAUCAUCAACAACCCGACAGCUUUUGCGGUGACCAACACGGAAAUCCACCAGCUGGAAGGCGAAGCCUUCCUGCUCUCCACCACUGGCGAUGUUCUGUUUAGGAACAACAUAUUCAACAACGUGCAAGAUCACGCCUUUAUGGGCAUCACUUUGAACGGCAAUGAAGUGACCAGUUCGCGAGCCAUUAAUUUCGAUGCGAACACCUUCGGAAGGCUGGAUCGUCGUGCGUUGGACGUGCGGCCUCAAUUCCAGGCCAGAGUGUCGAAUCUGAACCUCAACCAGACCUGCGACUGUGAAAAUAUCGUGGAAAAACUGCGGCAAAGCGAGUUUUACAACGAAAUCAGCUGUCUGGACGCGGACCAAUACGUGACUGUGAGGGACUUUAAGGCCCAAAACUGCUCAAUCCUCUCCGGCCACUAUACGACAGUGAUAAUAGUCUGCGUCUUAAUAUUAGUGAUUAGUAUCGUAGCCAUUGCCUUCUACGUCUAUUACGCCAUGGUGUAUAAAAGGCAAAAGUACGGUUGUGGCAAGGGGGGAAAGCCGCCAUUGAGCCUCAUAGUGCCCGAUGGGAGGACGUACAAGGAAACUGAGCUGCAUGUUAUAGUGGAGAAGGCCGAUCUACUAACCACGGAUCUGUGAACACCUGGAUUCAUCAGUAUUCUUUCUUUAGUCGUAGAUUUAGCCACUGUAAAUAGCCCCGCAUUUUUCAAUUCCUAUUUGAAUGCUCCAAAGAUAACCAAAUAGAUAGAAGCGUAAUACUACAAA